UUGUAACUCAGCUUUAAGCUCAUCCGGGAAGUAUCCACUAUAAAAAUUGUACCUCGAUAGUGUUUUAGUUGGAUAUCCAAAAUUUUGUCAUUUGAAAAAGCAAAGCGCAUGUAAAACAAAAAGCGUUUGAUAUUCAACGAACUACAGAAACAUGGAAUCUUUUUCAAUUCUUAAAAUAUAGACCACUACUUCUGCAGCUUCAGCGAAACCAAAGAUGUUGGCCUUAGAUUAUUUUAUCUUCGCUCUUAUGCUUUUGAUAUCUGCUGCCAUAGGGAUCUACUUCCGUUUCACAGGUGGCAAGCAAAAGACGAACAAUGAAUUCCUUUUGGCAGAUCGAAACAUGCCAAUUUUACCAGUCGCAUUCUCACUGAUGGCUUCUUUCAUGUCUGCAUCCUCUGUUAUAGGACUGCCUGCGGAUACCUACCUGUUUGGCUUAAAUAUGCCAUACAUGAAUAUAGGAGGAAUCAUUGGCGUCAUUUUAUCAUCCUAUUUGCUACUACCAGUGUUCUUCGAUAUGCAAUUAACAACUGUGUAUGAGUAUUUAGAAGUAAGAUUUGGUAAAAUGACAAGACAAAUGAUGUCAAUUGCUUUUAUCGUUCAAAUGAUAUUAUACAUGUCAGUGGCCUUAUAUGCACCUGCCUUAGCUUUAAGUGCUGUAACAGAUUUACCCAUCUGGGCUUCUGUAGUUUCAACAGGUGUGGUGUGUACCUUCUACUGCAUGAUGGGAGGAAUGAAAGCUGUUCUUUGGACGGAUGUCUUCCAAGCCUUGAUGAUGUUUCUUUGCGUAUUCGCUGUACUUAUCAAAGGACUACUCGAUUUAGGAGCGAAAAAAAUUUACCAGAUAAAUCUUGAUGGUGGAAGAUUGAAUGUUCCUGGUUUCGAUUUUGACCCAGAAAUUCGAUACACCAUGUGGAAUUUGCAACUUCAAGCAUUGUUUAUGUCUAUAACCUUAUUUGGUGGAAAUCAAGUUCAAGUACAAAGAAUGCUUACAUUGAAAAGCUUAACUCAUGCCCGUUGGUCCAUAAUUGCAUGUAUUUUCAUUGCUUGCCCAUUUCAUAUAUUAAAUUGUAGUUUGGGACUAGUAUUAUAUGCUUAUUAUUAUAUGUGUGAUCCGCUCUCUGCACAGGGCUCAAAGAUUGACUCAGCUGACCAAAUGAUUCCAUAUCAUAUUAUGUCUACAUUAAGUCAAUAUCCCGGGUUGACUGGCGCAUGUGUUAGUGGAAUUUUCAGUGCAACGCUUAGUACAUUGUCAUCUGCUGUCAAUUCUCUCACAGCCGUCACAAUGGAAGAUUUCAUUAGACCUUUUUUCCUAUCUACGGGAAUAUCUGAAGAUAAGGUAACCUACAGUUCGAAAGGAAUUACUUUAUUUUAUGGCUUCUUAACUUUGGCACUAACAUUUUUGGUGGCUACCUUUGGCAACCUUGUUCAAGCCGCCAUUACUAUUUUUGGAAUGGUUGGUGGACCAGCUCUUGCAGUUUUUUUGUUGGGGAUGUUGACGAAAAGAUCUAAUGAGAAGGGUGUUAUUAUUGGAUUUAUUCUAUCGUUUGCACUUGCUUUAUGGGCUAGCUUUGGAGCUUCAACGUAUGGACCACCUCCGGAAACCCUUUCACUAUCUACAGAAGGUUGCCCUUUGAAUUCUUCAUCAGAUUCAUUAACAACUCCACUGUCUCUCCCUGAAAGUUUAACUACACCAUCAUUAACCACGAUUCAGAACAAUAUAUCCAAUUCUACUGUUGAUGAAGAAUCGGAAGAAUACAUAUUUCCACUGUACAGAAUUUCAUACAUGUGGUUCGCUCAAAUUGGAUUUUUUUCUGCAAUAAUUAUUGGAUACUUUGCAAGUGUCUUGAUAAAUCUAAUGACAGGUGAACAGUGUAACGUUCCGAAUGAAUUGAUGAGUCCUAUGUAUCUACGGGUCUUUGGAGCAUCAGAAACCUCCAAGAAAACCAAAAAGAUGAAGGGAUCACUGGAGCUGUAUGAGACAAGAAGUUGACCAGAACUAAUAAGGAAUCACUAAAACAUUGAUUUCAUGACUAUGCCAUUAUCAUAUGGAGUUACAAUUUUAUUUCAUC